CGAAGCGGUGGACUGGCCGGUGGAGAGCGAGGGUUGUUCGGCCAAUUUUGCAUUUUUUUUUUCUUCUAAUUUCCCUCGCAAGCAAAAGCUCCAGACGAUCUCGCAUCUGGAUCACACGGGCGGGCGACGACGUGUGAAGAGGACACUGACACAUGCGAGCUCCUCCGCAGUGUGACUCCUGAUCGAGGCUUCCUAAAUGGUGGGUGGCUCAAACCCAGACACACCUCUCAUGCCUCUGGCCAGUCUGAGCUCAUGGUGUGUGCUCGCUGGGAUAAAUUAGUGGCCUGGCCAAAGAGCACAGUGUUUCGACACGUACAGAAGUGCACACAGGAUGUCAUGGGCCAGAGGCUUCUUUGUAGCCACAGUGGACGAGCGAAAGACAGCGUGGGGAGAGCGCAAUGGCAAGAAGAGGAAGGACAGCUCUUCACUGUGCAACCCACGCUACAUGAGCUGCCUACGGGACCCUGAGGACCUGGAUGCCCCUCCUGCAGCCCCCCAACAUUACCACUGUGGAGCUGGCACCAGUGGGAGCAGCUUUGGCAUGCGCUGCGUCUGGCAGGAGGACCACUACGGGAAAAGGAUGGGUGGUGGCAGCGACCUGGGGCUAAAGGCGGUUGACCUGGGUUUUGAAGACGGGGAUCUGAAGGGCAGGAAAGAGGAGGAAGCAGGGGAAUUAGCAGAGGCCGGGACGGGGAGCUGCAAGACGAUGACUGCUGCGGACUGCUGGACACGCGUGGUUUGGGUUUUCCGAUCCAAGAAGUUUCAGUCGGCCAAGCUGGAGCGUCUGUACCAGCGCUACUUCUUUAGGCUCAACCAGAGCUCUUUGACCAUGCUGAUGGGGGUGCUGGUGGUGGUUUGUGGGGUCAUGCUGGCGUUCCACUGUAUCUACACCCCCCCUGAUGUGGCCUACGCCUCGGUGCUCUCCGUGGCCAUGGCCCUCUUCCUAGCCAUGAUGGUGGUGUGCAACCGCAACGGCUUCCACCAGGACUACAUGUGGUUUGUCAGCUACCUGGUGAUAGGGGUGCUGAUUGUAGUGCAAGUGUUCGGGGUGCUGAUGGUGGAACCCCGCAGCGCCUCGGAGGGCAUCUGGUGGACCGUCUUCUUCAUCUACAUCAUCUACACGCUGCUGCCGGUCAGGAUGAGGGCUGCGGUGCUGAGUGGAGUUGUGCUGUCCACCAUACAUGUAGUCACCGCCUGGCAACUCAACAGAAGUGACAAGUUUAUUUUCAAACAGAUCAGUGCCAACGUGCUUAUCUUCCUGUGCACGAAUAUGAUCGGGAUCUGCACCCACUAUCCUGCUGAAGUCUCCCAGAGACAGGCUUUCCAGGAGACCAGAGGAUAUAUCCAGGCCAGACUCCACCUGCAGAGGGAGAACCAACAGCAGGAGCGCCUACUGCUGUCGGUGCUGCCAAGGCACGUUGCCAUGGAGAUGAAGGCUGAUAUCAAUGCCAAGAAGGAAGAUAUGAUGUUCCACAAGAUCUACAUCCAGAAACAUGACAAUGUCAGUAUACUGUUUGCAGACAUCGAGGGCUUCACCAGCCUGGCGUCCCAGUGCACGGCCCAGGAGCUGGUCAUGACACUGAAUGAGCUGUUCGCCCGCUUCGACAAGUUGGCAUCGGAGAACCACUGCCUGCGUAUCAAGAUCCUCGGGGACUGUUACUACUGUGUGUCCGGGCUGCCUGAGCCGCGGGCCGACCACGCCCACUGUUGUGUGGAGAUGGGAGUAGACAUGAUUGAGGCCAUCUCGCUGGUGAGAGAGGUGACGGGCGUCAAUGUCAACAUGCGUGUGGGCAUCCACAGCGGGCGUGUCCACUGUGGGGUGCUGGGCCUGCGCAAGUGGCAGUUUGAUGUCUGGUCCAACGACGUGACACUCGCCAAUCAAAUGGAGGCGGGGGGAAAGGCAGGUCGGAUCCACAUCACCAAAGCCACCCUGCAGUACCUGAACGGGGACUAUGAGGUGGAGCCGGGUUUUGGAGGAGAAAGGAACGCCUACCUGAAGGAGAAUAACAUUGAAACCUUCUUGGUGCUGGGCUGCAGCCAGAAGAGGAAGGAGGAGAAAGCCAUGAUGGCCAAGAUGCAGCGUGCUCGUGCAAACUCUACCGAGGGGCUGAUGCCACGCUGGGUGCCCGACAGAUCCUUCUCCAGAAACAAGGAGUCAAAAGUCUUCAGGCAGAUGGGCAUCGAUGAAGCGUCCAGCAAAGACAACCGCUGUGCUCAGGAGGCCUUGAACCCUGAGGAUGAGGUGGAUGAGUUUCUUGGCCGUGCCAUCGAUGCCCGCAGCAUCGACCAGCUGAGGAAAGACCACGUCAAGAAGUUCCUGCUCACCUUCCAGACCUCCAACCUCGAGAAAAAGUACUCCAAAAAGGUGGAUGAUCGUUUCGGGGGCUAUGUGGCCUGUACACUCCUCGUUUUCUGUUUCAUCUGUUUCAUUCAGAUUAUCAUCUUCCCACACACGGAAGUCAUGCUGGGCCUUUACAUCAGCAUCUUCAUCAUCCUCGCCAACAUUCUCUUCGUCUGUGCCAUCUACUCCUGCAUCAAACUCUUCCCAGCUGCCUUGCAGACGGUAACCAAGAAAAUAGUGCAGUCCCGUGCAAACAGCACACUGGUGGGAGUCUUCACCAUCCUCCUCCUCUUCAUCUCUGCCUUUGUCAACAUGUUUACCUGCAGCACAGAGAAACUGCAAGACUGUGUGGCCAAAGAGCUGAACACAUCCAUGACUCUCUGCCUGUUGCACAACCUCACCAGGACAGCAGAAGACGGUUUGACCGUGUGUCCCGGCCAGGCCACGCCCUGCCAUUUCCCUGAGUAUUUCAGCUACAGCGUACUGCUGACCCUGCUGGCCUGCUCCGUGUUCCUCCACAUCAGCAGCAUCGGGAAGCUGGCUCUAAUGCUGCUCAUCCAGCUCACCUUCCUGCUGCUGGUGGAGUGGCCCCAGGUGGCCCUUUUUGACAAUGCAGACCUGCUGGUCAUAGCCAACACCCUGUCAUUAACACCUGUUAAUGAUUCCCUGCAAUACUGGCCGGAUUUCAAUCAAACAGCAGAGCAGUGCCAGGAGGAUGUGACCAAAGUGUCCCUCAAGGUCAUGACCCCCGUCAUCCUCACGGUGUUUGUCCUCGCCCUCUACUUACACGCUCAGCAGGUGGAGUCAACCGCACGCCUUGAUUUCCUCUGGAAGCUGCAGGCCACAGAGGAGAAGGAGGAGAUGGAGGAGCUUCAGGCCUACAACCGCCGUCUGCUCCACAACAUCCUGCCCAAGGAUGUGGCCGCCCACUUCCUGGCACGGGAGCGGAGGAAUGAUGAGCUGUACUACCAGUCGUGUGAGUGUGUCGCCGUCAUGUUUGCCUCCAUCAGCAACUUCUCUGAGUUUUAUGUGGAGCUGGAGGCCAACAACGAGGGAGUGGAGUGUCUCAGGCUGCUCAACGAGAUCAUCGCUGACUUUGACGAGAUCAUCAGUGAGGAGCGGUUCCGUCAGCUGGAGAAGAUCAAGACCAUCGGCUCCACCUACAUGGCGGCUUCCGGCCUCAACGACUCCACCUACGACAGAGAGGGCCGCUCGCACAUCCUGGCUCUGGCUGACUACGCCAUGAGGCUGAGGGAACAGAUGAAGUACAUCAACGAGCACUCCUUCAAUAACUUCCAAAUGAAGAUAGGGCUGAACAUGGGGCCGGUGGUAGCAGGAGUGAUCGGAGCCAGGAAACCGCAGUAUGAUAUUUGGGGGAACACAGUGAAUGUGGCCAGCCGGAUGGACAGCACAGGAGUACCGGACUACAUCCAGGUGACCACAGACCUGUACCAUGUGCUGGUCAACAGGGGCUACCAGCUGGACUGCCGAGGUGUCGUCAAGGUGAAGGGGAAGGGGGAGAUGACCACUUACUUCCUCACAAGCGGUCCCCAGGGCAGUUAACGACAGACCGGCCGACCAGCACGACUCCCACUGCACUGACAGGAAGGAGACCAGCGAGAGACGGAGUGCUCGGCUCAGCGAUGAGCUCUGAGGCACAGUGCGAACACACGGGGGACGGAAGAUUGCCAAGAGAAACACGCCCGGCCUCUCUGAGCGCUUUCAUGUAGGACAUUGUUCUUAUUUUGAAGGCUUUUUCCCAAGCUGCUUGAGAGAUCACGAAGCCCAGUUGCCUUAGGAAGAAAGUGGCUACACUUAUGUUUCUGAGCAAUGGUACAAGAACUUCACCUGGAGUCAUUAUUUAUUUUCAUGCGGAAGGAUUUUUGUGAUGACCUUGUACAAAAAAAAAACAAAAAAAAAACUAUAUUACAUGAAGAAAAUAUGCAAGAUUAUGAAAACAUGGAGGAUGAAAAUGACCAAAGAACAAAUGUUUGAUAUGAAACACAUAAACGUGUCAAGCGUGACAUGUCUUGACAAUUCUGUCUGCAACGUCUGCGGAGCCCGAACAGCAAUCUUGAGUAAUUUAUUCAUCUUUUGACAACAAAGGCCACGGUAACGUCACUGUCGUUGAUAGGGGCGAACACUUCUUUUAAUGUGGACUUGAUGUAUUUGUGAAGGAUAAUGCACACGCACACACACACACACACAUACACUACAACAACCUUGGAUUUCUGUGUUCAGGGCCUUCAUUGUGUCUUUCAGCCGGUGUGGACACGAGGCUGUGUGUGCUUCACGGACAUGUACAAUUGAUUAUUUGCACCCUGUACGGUAUUUUUGGGUCAAGCCAAAAGUAGAGUAAUGAGAUGAAGGAAAAAAACAGUUGCAUUUGUACCACGGUACUGAAGAGAGAUUGUUUAACAUGUGAGAAGUUUUAUAUAUUUGUGUGUGUGCGUGUGUGUGUGUGAGAGAGAGAGAGAGAGUGGGUGUGAGUGUGUGAUUGUGAGGUGUGAGCACACAUAACUGAAUGCUGUUCUUUAUCUAUAAAGGGGCAUAACUUUUCACUGUGAGGUUUUUAUGAUACUGUAUGACAAAUGCUUUCUUGCCAAACUGGUUGCUGCAAGGCAUGUUUUAUAUUAUACUUUGGAGUUGUGUCCAUUCCUGA